UCCUGUCUGAACUCAGCGGAGAGACUGAAUACCGUCGGACACAAACAUGAGGGCUGUGCAUGUUUGGGGGCAUACCUAAGCUUAAAACAAUCAACAAGACGGAUUACAACGCAGAAACGUUGUGACAUAAUGCUCUCACCCGUGUAAUCCCUCUGUACUCUUCUGGAUCUGCACUGGUCUGUUGUUUAUUGUUUUUUUGGAGGAAUUGUUCUGCAGACAUAGAAGAACACUGGAACUUCAAUGGAUUACAAAUCUUGGAUUUUGUGGCACGUGUCUAUUGGAUGAUUAAGGACAGAAGGUAACCUCUGCAGACUGAGACACAAGACAGCGUCGAUCACUACCCUGGCUGAUGUUUUAAGAGGGAAAGUAUUUGUAGUGGACAAAAAAAUCACCUUGGGCAUUACAGAUACUUUAGAGUAUUAUCAUUUUGCACUGACUAUAAAAUCCUCUAGACUACCCUUAGGGAAAAAUCUUCUGUUAUUUAUCUGUCUGGCUGUCCCUGAAUUGUUUUCAUAGGUUUAAGAUAAUUUAAAACGUAAGUGGUGUUUACUUUGUCUCGGUUUUACAUUUUCUGACCUCAAGACAUUGGGUGCUGAUGAACAGAUGCUAGCUAUCUACACUGUUUUAUAAUAUCAUUUUUAAGCAACACUAACAAGACUUUGUCAAGGUUAUCUAAAGAGCUCUUAUAUUAUUUAUAGCUUUCACAGCUGAGUCACUUUUUGUCGCGUUUGACCAUAAUUCUCAAAUUUCGCUGAUUCACUCGGAGCAGCCAGGCUCUGAGGAAAGCACUUUAGUUCACGUUCGGCUGGGUCAGUAAAAGUGAAUGUCACGUAUGACAUCCACUUUUAUUUCUUCCUCUUUUUGGUUUAUACACUAUAGUGAGCUUUAGUGGCCUGGACCGACAGCCUUUAGGAUUACAGAUUCAUUUUUAAUGCGUUGUGUACAUCGCUUUCUGAUGUUGAACAGAUGUUUUUUAAGAGGAUUAAAUAUUGUUGCUUUAAGCGAAAUGCACUAUGAAAGAACGAUUUAGCGCUAUCAGGGAUAGGUGUACCUGACUUGUUGAUGUUUUUGAACAAAAUGUUAUCUAGACAAAAUAUUAUCUAGACAUCCAGCGAGUUCAUUUGAGGGAAAACAAAAACCUCAAUCAGUAACUCAAACUACUGCUCAGCUGAUCUCUAAAGAAGAAGGAUUCAGGGAAAGGCAUUCUGAAACUCUGUGGCAACUACCUGCCCUUCUCUCCAGGCAUCAACUAAUCUGUCCUCUAGUGAAGACGGCUUCAGAGAAAGUCCUUCUACGUCUCUGCAGAAAGGCUUUCUGCAUGAUCCACCCAAAUCCUCCGAUUUGAAUGCUCUCACCUAACCCCACGGAUCAUCUCUUGCUGUGAAAAUGCGCUCCCCAGGGCCACGGAGUCCGUCCCCAUCCCUGUCCCCUUGUCCAUCUCCUGGACUGGCCCAGGAGGCCCUGCUGCACGGGCAGUUUGGGGGCUGGAGCACCGGAGGCAGUACAGGUGGAGGCAGCGGGAGCAGCAGUAACAGUAACAGUUGCCCCAGCAGCCCCGGAGUCUCCCUCCCGCCCAGUCCAGCCUCAUCCAGCUAUGCCCUGACCCUCACCCCUACGCACAUCCAUGUCCAGCGCCUCUCCCCUCGCCCGGGGAAGGACUCUCGGCUGCUGCUGCCGCUGGCGGAGCUGGCUGGGUGUAGCUGCCCGCGGGCACCCGCUCCGCCUCUGCUGGUGUUGUACUGGUACCCGGCAGGGCGGCGUAGGAAGGGCGUAUCCCGCCGCAGGCAGGUCAGAGCAUUUCACGCAGAGAGCCGAGCCGAGGCGGAGAAAUGGAAUGCAGCUGUACAGUGCCUGCUGAGGGGACUGGACGUCAGCGCCACUACAGAAUUUAGCAAAAGCAUGUUGCCCCGCCCUCGUCGUCUGCUGCUAUUGGUCAAUCCUGUCAGUGGGCGGGGUCAGGCCAUGCAGUGGUGUCAAACGCACAUACUGCCAAUGAUCAGAGAAGCCAACAUCAGCUACAACCUCAUACAGACAGAGCGUCAGAAUCACGCCCAUGAGCUGAUCAGAGAGAUCUCACUGCACGAGUGGGAUGGCAUCAUCAUUGUGUCUGGAGAUGGACUACUGCACGAGGUGAUCAAUGGCCUCAUGGACAGGCCAGAUUGGGAACAAGCAAUAAAGACUCCAGUGGGAAUUCUGCCUUGUGGCUCUGGAAAUGCCCUGGCUGGCUCAAUCAACCACUACGCAGGAUAUGACAUGUGCCUUCGGGAGCCCCUCCUCCUUAACUGCUGCUUCCUACUUUGUCGGGGUGGAGUCAGACCUAUGGACUUGGUUUCUGUGACAACAAGCCCUUUACCGUCCUCUUCAUCGUCCAACAAAAACGGACGUCCGUCCGCUCCCAAAAGGCUGUUCUCCUUCUUGUCAGUGGCGUGGGGUUUUGUUUCAGAUGUGGACAUUGAGAGUGAGCGCUACAGGGGGCUUGGCUCUGCCCGCUUCACUCUGGGCACACUGGUGCGUCUGGCUUCACUGCGCUCCUACAAGGGUCGCCUGUCAUACUUGCCCCCUGCUGUGGUCAGUUCAUCACCUGACGUGACCCCACAGCCUCCACGCCGUCCUCUCUCCAGGAGCAUAACUGAGGGCCUGGAGGGCUUCUGUCGGACGCCCAUUCAUCGCACCUGCUCCGAUAUGGGCAUCAGCGAACAGAGGAGCCUUCGCAAAGGGGAUGGAGAGAGGGAGAGAGAGCGAGAGAGGGAGCGAGAGGAGAGAGAAAGAGAGAGGGAGAGGAGGAGAGAGAGAGCACGAGGAGUGGGGGUGGUAAGAGCAAGCAGUCUUGCGGAGGACCGAGAGAGAGAGAUGGAGGCAGAGGAGAGGAUGGAGGAAACAUCCGGGUCCAGCUCGGAGUCAAGCGAACGACAAAACGAAUGCGUGUCUGGGAACGGGGAGGACGAGGCAGAAGAGGAUGAUGGGAGAAGUAGUGGGACCGAGGGAGCUCUGGAAGCAAGAGAUGUGAGUGAGGGAUAUGGCGUGGACGAAGGGAAAGAAGCAGAAGAGUGCGAAGACACACCCCCAGAGCCGCGGCAAGUGCUUCGCAAAAACUCCGCCCCCUCCUCUCAGAUUGUCAAUGCCUUCUUCAGCCAGCCAAUUGGCGCCGCUGGUUCUGAGCAAGAUCUAGACGCAGACGAGGAUCUAAACGGCACUUACUUCCAGCGAGAGCCAUCUUUCCCACCGGACCCUACACGGGAACGGUCACUGACUAUUUCCUCCCCCUUCCGCCACUCGCCGUUCUCCUUAAAACCCAAAACGCUGGACCAGAACCAGAACCUGUCAAGGCCUCGUCCGCUCUCCCUACUCCACCAGUCUCACUCCAACUCUCUUCCUCCCAAGUUUCCUUCGCUCUCUCUGUCUCUUUCUCCCACUCCUCCAUCUUCCCCAUCUUGCGCUUCACCUCAUAGCUCUGCCUACCUUGCCCCACGGCCCGGCACACCCAGCUCCUCUUCCCCGUCGCCCUCUCUCCGCUCCCCCUCCCCAUCAUUCACCUUUGAUAUAGCUGAGCCAGCUGGCCCACUCAAGAACCGGUCAGCGGUCUCCAGCCCCAGUGCUCCACCCCAUGAUGACUUGCUGCCACCUCUGGACCAACCCCUGCCCACGCGGGACUGGGUGACCAUUGAGGGUGAUUUUGUCCUGGUGCUGGCCAUCUACCAGUCCCAUCUGGGUGCUGACCUGCUGGCUGCGCCGCAUGCCCGCUUUGACGAUGGCCUGAUCCACCUGACAUUUGUGCGGGCGGGGAUCUCCCGGGCUACGCUGCUACGGCUCUUCCUGGCCAUGGAGAGAGGUGCCCACCUGUCCCUGAGCUCACCCUACGUCAGCCAUGUUUCUGCCCGAGCCUUUCGCCUGCAGCCACUCUCGCCACGCGGGACUCUGACAGUUGACGGGGAGUUGGUCCCCUAUGGACCCCUGCAGGCACAGAUCCAUCCCUCACUGGCUCGUCUCGUUGUUGGAGACUCUGGGGUGAAGAUCACCAGAUUCUGACCUGCUGGGAUUGAAACUAAAGGGGAUAAAUUCUACACACUCUGGAUUACGUAAUGCUACGCCAUCCACUUCUGGGAAGAGAGAGAGCGGAGAAUUGAAAUAGCCAGCAAUUGCAAUAACAGCUUUUACUGGGAUUUACUAAAAGGGAUUGCCUGAUCGAGCUGCGCACAACCGUCCGGAUUACAAGCGAGUUUAACGAAGGGAUGAAAAUUUACGGCCUAUUGCACGACCACGGGAUUACACUUAUUUAGCUUUACUUAAGGCCGAAGCGUGAAAACAGCAAUGUCUGGAUACAAGAGUAAAAAGCCGUUUGAAUGUGUGUGUUGAGUCAACGCGCCAAGCGUCUACAUUUUAGUAUUCGCUUGUUUGCAGACGCAUGAGUGUUCCUGCCUUAUUACAGAGAGAUUUGUGGGGAGGAUUGAACUGAACACUAAGGACAAAUGUUGUUGUCGAACAGCUGUUGAGGUAGCCACACCCUCACGCAAAUGUGGCCCAUCUGUGUUGCAUAAUCUCCGUCCUUGGAAUGCCUUAUCCAGCUCUGAACUUCAUGUGCAAUUCCCCCUGUCUUAGUUUUCCCCUUUUCCUUACGAUCACAAUUGCAGGAAUCAUCUGGCGAGACAUCAGAUGUGCACAGUUUUCCCUUUACCCGAAGUGUACUCAAUCAGCCAAAACAUGAUUGAUGUCCAAAGUUUGCUUCUGUAGUAUUUCACUGAAGCUAUGAGGCUAAUGUAGCCACUGACUGACAUUGUACAAACUGCACGCCUAAAUCAUCCUUUGUAUAAAACCUCGUCAAAUUAUUAAGUCAUGACAAACUCACUUCUUUGUGUAGUUUCUGUAUGACAGAAGUAUGUGAUUUAGACAUGCAGAUUUUACACAAUGCUAAUUGGUUGGGUUUAACUUUCCAUCUAAGCUUGUCACUUCAGUGUAAAGAAGCACAUUUCACUCGCGAACAUGUCUUUGCUGAUUGUGUUCAAAUGGAGUGACAGAGGGAUAUUGUGUAACUUGGAUUUUUUGCCAAGCUAUUCCUUUAACUAUAAGACCUCAUUUAUUAAAGAUCAGUUCACAAUGACCAUAGUGUCCUGCUUAGUAAGACCUUCUCCGUGUGCAUUACUGGAGACCGUAUAGGUGCGUAAUAAAUUCAGUUUUGGUGUCUUAUGUAGCUGGCUAUUAAGCAUAUUUUGGGUUUUAGGAAAAUAUUGCUAAAAAGCAGAUCCAAGCCUUCAUAACUACAUGGUGAAAAUAUAGAACAACAAUGUUGUUGACAACUUUUUUUUUUGCCAGGAAGCUACAGAACACAAUCAUCUCAUGGAUGAGUUGAACAGUUAAACGUGGACUAUAUUCUGGUAUAUAGUGCAUUUGCCUGAUUGUUUAAGCAAAAGCAUGUGGUGGUAAUGUUAAUGCAAGUAACCCAAGCUGUGUCUGUUGCCGUUGCACAAGAUGGCUGCUUGGAUUUUUUUUAGAUUUUUAAACAUUUUUAUUUUUAAUCAAAUGUUAAAUCCUUCCCAGAGAUUAGCCUUUAAAACACCAGAUAAUUGUAUGGAAACCGCUCAAAAUAUAUGAAAUAGAACAAAAUAUAUUUGUUCUAUUGAAUAUUAGAAAUUUAUGGAACUGUGUUCAGCUACUAAUUUAUUUAAUUUUAUUGAACGUAUUCCAGAGCUUGUUUGAAUGUGUGUGCAGGGUCACUUGUUCCUAUGUUUUGCAGGAACAUUUAUAGGAAAGUAAUUCCCAAAGUAAUAAGAGCCAUACAAUAAAUAUGAGUGUAUGGAUGCAUGCUCUGGAAUCUAAACUAAACCUCCUAAGAAUAAACACUAAACUCUUAUUUUUUCCUCCCAGGCACCACAAAUCAGCCAAGUUGAUAUGAAUCUAUGAUUGUUGAAUACUUAAUGAGUAAAAGAAGGCAAGUGAUAAAAUCUAUUUGAACAAAAGAAAUGAAAUUUCAAACAAAUGUUCAGUGUCUCUUUUCCUUCUAUCUGUCACGCUUAUGAAUUCCAUCAGCAUUGGUUUAUCUGUAUUGAGGUUUGGUUGUAGACCUUGUUAAAACUGGUCUUUAUUGAAAUUUUGGGAUUUAGAUUAGAUUUAGUUUUUUUUUUCCUUGAAGGACCAUGCUUUAGAGCAAUGUAAUACACUUUAGUAGUAUUGAACUGCUGUUCAUGCUGAUGAAGCCAGUUAAAGAUUUUUUGUUGAUAGAUGAUUCUAUAAUGCUUGUAAUAAAAUUAUAAUUAUUACUAAGAUUCAUUAUUAAGCAAAACGUAUAUUGUACAGUUCAUAGUUCUGUAUAGUUUCAAAUGUUUUGUUUAUCCGCAAGAAUAAAUUUAACUAGAAAGUUA